GACAACACACAGACUAAAAAAAACGGUCAUUUUUAAAUGGACUUCAUGACAGAAGAAUAAAUAAAUAAUAAAAGAAAGAAAAUGUAAAUAGUAAAAUGAGGGCUUAUAGGGAGCAAGACAAACCACCAAACACUCCUGGCUCCAAAUAAAAUACUGGGCUCUAAAAAAUAAUUUCUGUUAUAUAAACAGAGCACAGUCCAUAUGCUAAUGAAAUAUUCUUGGAACGCCGCUCAGCCAAUCAAAUUCGAGGACUGGAAGCCGUACUUUUCAGCUCAGUUUAUUCAGAGAUUUGUAGCUUAAUAUAUUAUGCGCCUUAGCUCGAUGUACGACUGCAAAGAACCGACUGGAGAUGGACAUGCGCCUGUGAGAUGAGAUGAGCUGUGCAGUGGAGAGUGCUGUUUCCUUCAUCAGUUGCAUCAUUGCGCUGGUGCUGAAGGAGCCGCUUCCUGCUGUCUGUCAUCGCGAGGAUGAGGAUGAUGCCGCUCAGCAGACGCAGGACUCACGAGCGCGCUUGUGCCAGCUAAACGACGGAUCACUUUAAUCGAGCGUGACACUGUGGGAUACAGCGAUUGAUUGUACGUUGGCCAAGAUAAGGAAGGAUUGUAAUUUCGUCCUUCUCGCGAAACCUCUGCCGUUAUUCUGGGGCCGCCUCGUCUUUUUUAAGUCUCUCUUUGAGAUAUGUAUUGAUCUUUUUUAAAGAUGUCGUCAUCCUAUAUGUUCAUGGGUCGGUUCUUUGAAGGGCAGAGAUGUGGAAGUGAAGGAGCACGUUCAUUCUCUUCAUUAUAACGCCUCUUCUGUUGGAAACUAAUAUAAGCCGCGCUAAUGGAGAAUACGGGGUCACAGGUGGUCUCGCUGGAGCAGCAGGUGGAGAGUGUGGAGAGGAGUAUUGUGUUCCUUAGACAGGAGCAGCUGUCUCUGCUGCAUGGAUUACAUCUAGAGAUCCUGUCCCUCCAGAAACGCUGUACAGAACUUACACAGGAUCUCAACAUGAAGCCCCCAGGCAGGAGUGAAGCAGAGGUGAAAGAGGAAGAGGAGCAGCUGGAAGCUCAUUGUGGGGAGGUGGAGGAGCAUCUGCAGGAGCAACAACAGAUCCAGAGUGAUCUGCGAUGGGAGCUGAGUCAGAAGUCGGUCCUGGUGGGUGCUCUCCGCGCCAGUCUAAAGGAAAAGGAGCGCAGUUUCCUGGAGGAAUUAAAACACCGCAGCCACAGGACCACUGCGCUCAACACCGAGCUGCAGAAGCAGACGGAGACGGCUGCGUACCUGUCCUUUCAGCUGCAUUCAGCCAAGCAGAAACUCCAGCAGCAACGCAGGAGGCCGGCCCAGCCUGGUGCGGACAAGCCUCCCGUCCACCCUUCACCUCAGGCCAGUGCCAGCUGCCCGACCACCAUUAAACCCAAACGACGGAGCUCGAGCCGGCCCUCCUCGAAUCUCCACACUGAACGCGCCAGGGAGUGUGUGCCCCGCGAGAGGGUGAUGGGCCCUGAGGAGCCGAUGGCCAUGCCUGACCCCGCCCUCUUCCUCUACCCCUACAGACACAGAUCCCGGCUCCACCCACCACACAAGCACACCCUGCAGGAAGCAGAGGGGGAGGAGUCAGAGGAGCUCGAUCAGGGUGCUUCAGUAAGCAGACUUUCAACAACAGUUGCUAAAGCCACUGCGACCACUGCAUCCACCACAGAGAACAACGCUGAAUAAGUGUUUCUUUUACAGUUUGACCUGCUUGUUUUUAUGAUAUCUAAACCUGAAUUGCACCUUGAGGUCCUUGGGAAAACCUUUGCAUUAUGACAGUGACAGAAACGUUUAUAUUUGCAAUACGGUUUGCUUUUUUACGGUUUGCACAUGCGGUGAUUAUUAGACCGAGGAGAGAUUUUUGCUUAUGUUCUUGUUCAACCAAAAUCGACUCGUGUUUAUGUUGCUGUAAGGUAUUUUUGUAAUCAAAAAUGACCCUGAGGGCCUCAAUACACGAACAUGAAGUGCUUCAUAAGGCCUGUUUUAUGCAUCCUGCAUCUGCAGUGUGUAGUUUUUUCACUGGCUAUAUUAACAGAUACUACGUCUGUUGUCGCUGAUUAAGUUGCAGACAGGUAUAGAUAGGUAUAUUUAAACUAGCAAUGAAAUGAAAGUAACAACUGUUAUUUUCUUCUGUAUUGUGAUGUACACCCAAGUUUAACAGGUUAUCGAAAUAGAAUGAAAUGCAGAGCGGGGACUUGGUUCUAGCCAUCGGUUGUUGAUGGGAUUUUGGGAUGUGGCCAUUGCACUCAAAAUAAAUGGUAAAUUUUUGGAGGGGUGGAAUUUAGGUGGACUAAAUGAUUGGUGAAAUCCUGCAUUAGUCACCAGAGAGAAUCCUGUUGUUUUCACUGGAAGAAAAAUGGCACAAGGAAAAAAAAUGCGAACAAACAUGCAUUUACCAAAAAAAUUUAUUUAACGUAUACUUAUUCUUCUUAAUAUCUCUUGGACAUCUGUGCACCAAUCCACAAUUGGCAGGUUUAGGUGUGUGGGGUAGGUGCGUAUUAUAUGCAUGCCAAAAUGCAUAUUAUAUGCACGCCAACAAAGUGUGUAUCAUAUGCACGCAAAAACUGUGUAUUAUUUGCAUGUCAAACACGUGCGUUUCAUAUGCACACCAAAGUCAGUUUCUGUGUAUAAAUAGCACGUAAAAUACAAAAAAUGGUGCUAUUGAUAUGCAUUUUCAGUGCAGUAUCAUUCUUUGCCUUUUUUUCUUUAUUCUGCUCUCGCAAUAACAACUGAGCUAUUUUAUUAAUCAGUAUCAAUCAAAGUAUUUGACUGGCUUAUAGAGAAAUCUCUAAUUUUUCUUCCUAAAGGGAGCACUGUAAACAUUUACAUUGACUUAAUUUCACCUUCCGUUACUGAGUGAAUAGAGAAGAAAGAAACUGCAAGAAAGGCUAGAAUGCAUUUGGAAUGAUCCAGAUGUUGUAAAUUCGCUAAAUCACAGAGAUGUUUUAGUUAAUGCAUCCCAUCAUGUAGCAAUAAAGUGCUGAUUUGCAUUUUGCGAGUAUAAGUACGCUCAGAACCCUGAUCACACUAUCAAGAUGCAUUUGAAAGUAAAUGCAAUUCAGUUAAGAUCCAGAUAUGAACCACAUUCAUGCCAGAUCCCACAUCACAAAACAUGUUUAAAAUGCAGGAUAAAUCUAUUUAUUUAUUAGCAUUAUAGGCAUUGAUGGAUAUAUAAAGGCCUAUAAAAGAUGUCUGUCAUUGUGUAUGUUCAGUAAAUCUGAAUCAGAACAUCUACAUUUCAAAGGUGUUUGGCUUUCAUGCAAAUUGCCAUUUGGAUGCAAAUGCAGUCACCUCUUCAUUUAAAGUAAUAAUUCCUUAUUGCACACCUCCAAUAAGCAUUUAAAACAUUUUAGCCUUUAUUAAAGGAAAAUGCAAUAUAGUAACCCAGAAAUCCCUUUAUUCAGAGCCGCCGAAGCGCUGUCAGUGUGAAAGCAUGACCCUGCUGUUUACUUGCUGCAGAUGCAGGAUGUGCGAAACAGGCUGAAGUCAGUGUCCUUGUGAACUUGUUACUGCUGAGUCUUUGUUCAGCUGGGUUUUUUUUUAAAUCUGUAUGCCCUUGUUGUGGAAUAGCUCAUCUCAGAUAUUUCUGAAUGAUCAGGUUGUCUGUCUGGUGUCACCACAAGUGCACUCUCUCAACCCUCCAGAUGCGACGGGGAUUUUAUCCCCUAAAUACUUCUUCAGUCAGACAGAUAAAUCCUGUGUGAAUGAGAUCUAUACAGCCUGAAUCUUUGCUUAAGUGCUUUAUCUGGUAUAUACUGUAGUGUGUUUAUAUGUGGGCUUGUUGAUUAGAAGAGAGUGGGCUCAAGGGUCAACGCACCAUUGUUCUGCUAUCAUUAAAUGAACCAGUGAUGCCCAAAGGACUGAUUAGCUUAUGCUGCUUAUGCUGUAAUGUUUUAGUCUGAUGUUGCAGAUAACAUUUUUGCAUUUGUGUCAUUAGAAUCACAAUGCUGUUUGUUUUAUAAUUCUAUGUGGGCAGGUAUAUGUGCAUAUACCAGGAGAUUUAAUGGUUAAUAGCAAUGUGAAACAUAUUGCAAACAUAUCAAGUGUUUGUAUAGCAAAAGCUUGUAAAUUCAUAAUAUGCAAGUUUAGAUGUGGUGUGGUAUAAACUGAGGAAUAACUCCUGCUCUUAGAUGUAUAACUAAGAGAGGCUCAGUCCAUGGAAAUGGAUUGGAUGAGAGUGACAGGCAACAUUACCUUUCUUGACAACUAACAGACACUAAUAAGUUUAAAGGAAAAGUUCUCUCAAAAAUGAAAAUUUGAUGAUAUUGUUCCCACCCUCAGGCCAUCCAAGAUAUAGAUGAGUUUGUUUCUUCAUCAGAACAGAUAGGGAGAACUUUAGCAUUACAUCUCUUUCUCACCAAUGGAUCCUCUGCAGUGAAUGGGUGCCGUCAGAAUAAAAGCAUCAAAAUAAUCCACGAGUAUUCCACACGACUCCAGUCCAUCAAUUAAUGUCUUGUGAAAGCCGUGCCAUUGUA